AUGAGGGUGAUAGAAGUGGUCAUCGACGGCUUCAAGUCGUACGCCGUGCGUACGGUCAUCUCGGGAUGGGAUGAAAGUUUCAACUCAAUCACGGGUCUUAAUGGCAGUGGGAAAUCCAACAUCCUGGACGCGAUCUGCUUUGUACUCGGUAUUACCAAUAUGACGACAGUGAGAGCGCAAAACCUCCAGGUAACAAUCCUCGACAUGCUAGCCCCAGUGCUACAGUCGCUGACAUACUUCAAGGACCUCAUUUACAAGCGCGGCCAGGCCGGCGUCACCAAAGCUAGUGUGACUAUUGUUUUCGACAACCGCGACACGAAGAAAUCCCCAAUCGGCUUCGAAGAAUAUGCUUCAAUCAGCGUUACGCGACAAAUAGUACUUGGCGGCACGUCUAAGUAUCUCAUCAAUGGCCACCGAGCUCAGCAGCAAACGGUCCAAAACCUAUUCCAGUCCGUCCAGCUCAACAUCAACAAUCCCAACUUCCUGAUCAUGCAGGGUCGCAUCACAAAAGUCCUCAACAUGAAAGCUGUUGAAAUUCUUGCCAUGAUCGAAGAGGCAGCUGGAACUCGAAUGUUCGAAGAUCGUCGAGAUAAGGCCCUCAAGACUAUGGCUAAGAAGGAGGUCAAGCUGCAGGAGCUCCGAGAGCUCCUUAAAGACGAAAUUGAGCCCAAGCUUGAGAAACUGCGAACCGAGAAACGAGCUUUCCUCGACUAUCAACAAACGCAAAAUGACCUCGAGCGACUGACCCGAGUAGUCGUUGCAUACGAUUAUCUCAAGUGCCAGGAGAAGCUUCGCCAGACAGCGGCCGACCUGGAAGGCAAGAAACAGCGCCACUGCGGACUUGAAGAAUCAGCAAAACGACUUCGAAGCGAGCUCUCUCACCUGGAAGAAGACGUCAAAAAGAUUCAGGCUCAACGAGAGAAGGAAGCUAAAAAGGGCAGCAAGGCUCAGGCGCUGGAGGAGAAAGUGAAGAAACAUGCCAACGAACUAGUCCGACUGGCCACAAUAAUGGAUCUAAAGACGUCGAGCUUGGCGGAAGAGAAGGAGAAGAAACUUACCCUGGAAAAGACAGUCGCUGAACUUGAGGCAGUGCUGGAAGAAAAGACUUCUACAUUCGAUGCCGCCAAGGCAAAAUGCGACGCGGAGAAAGACGGUCUCGCCAGGCAAGCUGAAGAGGUCGAGUCGAAGGAAGAGCUUCUCCAGACUCUUCAAACUGGUGUGGCCUCCAAGGAUGGCCAGGAAAAUGGCUACCAAGGCCAACUCCAAGACGCGAAGAGUCGUGCAAAUGCGGCCUCCACAGAGCAAGAACAAUCUAAAAUCAAGAUAACGCAUUUGCAAAGCCGGGUCAAGGAGGAAGAGCCACGCGCAAAGAAGGCCAGAGAGCAGAACGCUGGCUUACUCCGCGAUCUUGACGGGCUCAAGGCACAGGCUCAGAAGCUGGAGAAGGAGCUGUCUAAACUUGGUUUUGAGCGCGGCCAGGAAGAGGAAAUGCACAAACAAGAAUCCAGCCUGCAACAGACGAUUCGCUGCCUUUCCCAAGAGUCAGAUAAGCUCAAGAGAAAGGUUGCCAACAUUGACUUCAACUACGCCGACCCUGUGCCCAACUUUGAUCGCUCGAAGGUCAAGGGUCUGGUUGCUCAGCUAUUCACGCUCGACAAAAAUCACACAAAAGCAGGGACUGCGCUAGAGAUCUGUGCCGGCGGCCGCCUAUACAACGUCGUCGUUGAUUCAGAAGUAACCGGCACACAGCUGCUCCAAAAGGGCAAACUCAGAAAACGCGUCACCAUCAUUCCUCUGAAUAAGAUUUCCGCAUUCAAAGCGUCAGCGCAGACGAUUGCGACUGCCCAAAACAUUGCCCCAGGCAAAGUCGAUCUCGCGCUCUCAUUGGUCGGAUAUGAUGAUGAGGUUUCCUCUGCCAUGGAAUACGUUUUCGGAAACACUCUUGUAUGCGAGGAUGCAGAGACUGCCAAGCGUGUAACGUUUGACCCGAGUGUCAAGAUGCGCAGUAUCACCCUGGAGGGAGACUCGUACGAUCCAUCGGGGACAUUGUCCGGCGGAAGCGCGCCGACGUCCAGCGGCGUCCUUGUUACGUUGCAGCAGCUCAACAGCUUAGCCCGUGACCUCAAUGAAGCAGAGAGCUCUCUUAAGCAGCUUCAAGCUAAGCUGGCGAAAGAAAAGUCAAAAUUCAACCAAGCUCGUCGCAUCAAGCAAGACCUUGACCUGAAGAACCACGAGAUCAAGCUGGGUGAAGAGCAGAUCAGCGGGAACUCGUCUUCUUCAAUUAUUCAAGAGGUUGAAAACAUGAAAACGACCAUCGCCGAGCUUCAAGAGAGCAUUAUCGCAGCAAAGGCCCGCCAGGCUGAAGCAAACGCUGAUAUCAAGCGUAUCGAGAAGGAUAUGAAAGACUUUAACAGCAACAAGGAUGGGAAGCUGAUUGAGCUGCAAAAGUCGGUGGAUCAGCUUCGCGCGGAUCUACAGAAGAAUACAGGGGCUGUGAAAGCACUGCAAAAGCGUCUGCAGGGGGCGCAGCUUGACUUGGAACAGGUGAAGACUGAUCUGGCGGCGUCUCGGGAUCAGGUUCAGGAAGCUGGUCUCAGUAUCAAGACGCAAGAGAAGGACAUGCAGGAAGUCACCAGGCAGCAGGUUGAGCUGAAGAAGACGCACGAAGCCAUGCAAGCUGACCUCGACGACGAACGCGCCAAAUUGAACCAAUUUGACGAUGAGCUUCGUGCGCUUGACGAAGCUACGCGUUCGAAGAAUGCACGCAUCGCAGAAGAAGGUCUGGAGAUGCAGAAGUUGGGUCAUCAGAUUGACAAGUUCAACAAGGAGCAGCAAACUGCUGCCGAGAAUGUUUCUCGACUGGAGGCCGACCACGACUGGAUCCAUGAUGAGCAGGACAAGUUUGGACGCAGCGGCACGCCAUACGACUUCAAGGGCCAGAACAUUGCCGAGUGCAAGUCGACUCUGCGCAACUUGACGGAACGCUCACAGGGAAUGAAGAAGAAGAUCAACCCCAAGGUCAUGAACAUGAUUGACAGUGUGGAGAAGAAGGAAGUGUCUCUUAAGAACAUGAUUAAGACGGUUAUUCGUGACAAGAGGAAGAUUGAGGAGACCAUUUUCAGUCUUGAUGACUACAAGAAGAAGGCCCUGCAGGAGACCUGGGAGAAGGUGAAUGGCGACUUUGGGCAAAUCUUCUCGGAGCUGCUGCCGGGCGGCAGUUUCGCCAAGCUUGAUCCCCCUGAGGGCAAGACGAUCGGUGAUGGUCUGGAGGUGAAGGUCUGCCUUGGCAAAGUGUGGAAGCAGAGUCUCACAGAGCUGAGUGGUGGUCAACGCUCUUUGGUUGCCCUGUCCCUGAUCAUGGCGCUGCUGCAAUUCAAGCCAGCGCCCAUGUACAUCCUGGACGAAGUCGACGCCGCGCUGGAUCUGUCGCAUACCCAGAACAUCGGACGCCUGAUCAAGAUGCGCUUCAAGGGCUCGCAGUUCAUUGUCGUCAGUCUCAAGGAUGGCAUGUUCCAGAAUGCCAACCGCAUCUUCCGAACCCGCUUCAGCGAAGGCACGAGUAUGGUGCAAGCGUUGACACCAGCCGACAUGAAGUAA